CAAUGGAGGAGGUAGAAGGUGUUCUCUCAUCACGGCUGGAAGAAAUGGGUGUAAAAUCGCCAACGAUGUUACCCUGGGAUCGGUUCUCCAACUGGUUGCAUUGUGCCUGCGUGGUUACUUUUGACCUGGAACUUGGACAGGCGAUGGAGCUGAUCUAUCCCAGUCACAUCAAGCUCACAGAGAAAGAGAAAAUGAACAUCUGUUACUUGUCGUUCCCUGACUCUAACUCAGGGUGUAUGGGGGACACACAGUUCCACUUCCGGAUCCGCCAGUGCCCCGGCCGACGGCAGAUGAUCCAGGCACACAGUCAGUACAACCGAGACUGCCCUGUCUCACUUCAGUCGGACAGCGCUCACUACUACGGCUUCGUCUACUUCCGCCAGACCAAGGACAAGACCAUCCGACGAGGCUACUUCCAGAAGUCCGUGGUUCUCAUCAGUCGUCUGCCCUUUGUAUCUCUGUUCAGUCAACUUGUGGGCAUCGUCGCUCCCGAGUAUUUUGAAAACGGUGAACCCAGCUUAGAAGCAGCCUGUCAUGAUAUCGAUCAGUGGCCAAUGCCGCUGCCGGGCGACACACUGAACCUCCCCAUCAUGGGCACGGUGAUACAGGUUAGAGUUCCUUGUUGCACUGACAAGGUGAUAGGGCAACCCCAGCCUCGCAUUCCCAUCCCGCAUGAUAUUCCAGCCCACACAAUACUGCCUUCAUUACAUGAAGUUGAUAUAUACAGUGCAUUUCAGUCUAUUCUACCUCAUAUUCAGCUACUGUGGGAACUGGUGCUUGUAGGAGAGCCGAUUGUUGUGAUGGCCGCCUCCCCCUCGGUCACCAGCAACUGUGUUCAAGCUUUAAUCAACUUGAUCGCCCCCCUGCGAUACUGCUCGGACUUCCGGCCUUACUUCACGAUACACGACAGCGAGUUCAAGGAGUACACCACUAAAGUACAGGCGCCCCCCUCGGUCAUCCUGGGAGUGACCAACCCUUUCUUUGCCAAGACCCUGCAGCACUGGCCUCAUAUCAUCAGGAUCGGGGAGAUGGGUGGGAUAGGCAGUUCCCCAAAGCCUUUCAACAAAUUAAAGAAAGCAAGUGCCCUGAAGACCUUGGACUCAAAGCCAGGUGUAUACACACGUUACAAAGCCUUUCUGAGUAAGGACAAGGCAAUUCUCAAGAGACUCAUAAAGGGACAGAUGCAUCGACCUGUGGAGGCCCAGAACGCCAUCCUGCGGCGCCAUUACCUGGAGCUGACACAGAGCUUCAUGAUCCCCCUGGAACGUUAUAUGGCAAGUCUCAUGCCCCUGCAGAGAAAUAUCUCACCACACAAGGCACCUCCACAUCUACGACCUUUUGACCCUGAUGAGUUCCUCCGGACAGUGGAAACCUCGGGGCCACAACUGACGUCCGGCACCAAGGGGGACUGGGAGGGCCUGUACAGACGGUUCUUCCGCUCGCCCAACUUCGAGGGCUGGUACUUUGAGAGGCAGCAGGAGGUGAACAAGAAGCUUCAGAUUCUCCACAUGGACGUGCUGUGUAGUGCGAACCUCGUGGACUGGGUCGCGGACAAGGAGGAGGUGGAGGUGGUGGAUCUCAUACUGCGACUCCGAGAAAAGAUGAGAUUUGCGGGAAACAAUCAACUAAUCGUGGCAAAGGACAGUAUACAGAAACUGCAAUCUCAUCUAGACAGUAUAAUCACAUCUCUCCCAGAAGAUCUGCAGGUUGUUCUCAAAACAUGACCUUCACCUUCACAGUAGGUCAAGGUCGUAAUGGAUGUGCAAGGCAGGCUACAUUGACCUCUGUGAGGUCAGAGUUCACUUCUAGGCAUCGUGGUGCAGGCGCCAAACCUCAGCUACGAGCGUGUGACAAAAUGUGACAUCUGUGUGACAACAACCGAUGCCUGAAUGAAAAAAUGAAAAACAACACGAAGCCUGCAGUGAAAUAGUGCCAUCAUACCAACAGAUAGAAGGUUGUGUCCAAGAGUGCUACACAUUAGCUGGGGCUAUAUACCAUUCCCAGAAUCAGAAUCAUUUCCAUUUUGCCUUUAUUCAUUGUUUGUGCCUCUGUUGAUUAAGCCUUUGGUAGUGUAGCCUAAUGACACCAGGUAUGGCAGUCUUACUUGGCAAUGGUCAGCCAUAGUUCAAACAGUAUACUGAUCACAGUACAACUAGUAUUCUUGAUUUGUGACAUAGAAUCGAUUUGUAUAAUUUGGAAUGGUCAAUAUACAUAUGGCAUUUGAAAAAAAGCAAGCAUAAUGGCCAAAGUAAAGUUUGUACCCAAAGAAGUAAUCGAUUAAUGUGCAAUACAGUCUCCUCAGUGUGCAUUUCUGAAUGUCAGAAUCAGUACCUAGGAAAAUAGGUUCUGGACUGACGUCUUUGCAUUCAAUGACAAACCAAAGCAUGAGUUGCUGGCAUAAUCUGGGGCAAUCGGGAUACAGUCAACAGCAACAAUUGUCAAUGGGCUUGGAUAAAAAGUACUUGUUAAUCCUUGAUCAAGGAUUUUUAGAAAUUUUGUUUCCAUUGUAUUUAAAUUUUGUUUACACAUGAUUUUAUCUCAUAUGAAAUGAAAUUUGAUUUUAGUUUGAAUCUUGUUUUAUCCCCCCAAAUUUAUCUUCAGUGAAGAGAAUGACAAAAACCUAGAAUGGGAUCAUCAGAUUACUGAAAUAUUUUUGUUAACAAGAACAGCAAAAUGAUAACAAUUUCAUAAGCUUAAUUUUUAGAAAGUAAACCAAACAUAAGAUUAUUUAAAUUUAAAUAAAAGACAUGUCACAAAAAAACAGGGUCCGUGGUAGAGGAACAAAUUAUACAGGAUCCAAAGUUACCUUGAUUUUUAAGGUGUUCAUUUUAAUAGAAAAAUUACGGGAAAUGUCAUCAUAGAGAAUGACAAUAAAUAUCAGCACAUCAUCAUCAUCAUCAUCAUCAUCAUCAUCAUGACCUCAUUUUCAUUGUUGAAGCAGGGUGCAUGUGAUUAAUAUUCUAAUGUAUUGGUUCUAGUAUUACAACAGUACUAUUUUGUGUAUGAAUAGUACUUCCAUGGUGGAAAUGUCUCAGUUUUUUAUAUGUAAAUGUCUGUAAGUUUGAUGGCUCUCUGCAAUCUCUCAUGUCCCAAUCAAGUAGAUGUGCUCAGAACAGGUUGUGUAACAGUUGUCUCCCUUCCCUGCCAGAACUUCCUGGGUUUGAAUCCCAGCUGUGAAAGUGUAAUGCCUUGGUUUUUGGUUUCUUUCCAUUCAUCAUAUUGUUCAGUUGCUUGAAUUCAAAGGAAACAAGAUAUAUGACAAUCUAGUCUGUUGGAAUUUGCAUUUUGAUGCACAGAAAAGGUGUGAACAGGGUUCAGGGUUAACAGUCUGAACCUUGAGGUUAACUGGUGCUGUAGAUGCUAACGGGUGCUUGAAAGAGCCUUAUUUGACAGAUUAUUGAAAUGCUAACCGGUGCUUGAAAGGCAAACAGCUGCUUGACAGGCUAACCGGUGCUUUAAAAGCAAACAGCUGCUUGAAAUGCUAACCGGUGCUUGAAAGGCUAACUGGUGCUUGAAAGAGACUAAUUUAACGGCUGUUUGAAAGAGGCUAAUUAAACGGCUGUUUGAAAGAGGCUAAUUUAACAGCUGCUUCAAAGGCUAAGUCAUGCUUGAGAGAUUGCAGAAAACUAUUUCUCCACAUCCUUGUGCUCUAUAGUUACCAUGGUUACAUCAAACCUUCACCACACAACCGAAUUCAUCUCCACCAAUCAGGAAUCUCACUGAAGAGUUUACAGAUGUUUUUGAAGACAGCCUACUGUUUUGUUUUCAAAUAUGAUUUUGAAAUAUCAAAGAUUUCAAUGACUUGCAGUAUCUGCUCUGUAUUCGUACCCCCCAGUGUGCAGGGUGUCUCUGGUACUGGGUUAGAUGGAGGGAAGCACAUGGACAGUUAAACACCCUUCCAACUGCAGUCAAAUUUUGUUAAAGAAGUUUUGUAAUGUUAAAGCACCCCAUUCAAAGUGAAAUUGAGGUAUGUUCCAAAAAGUUAUUUUCUUUUUGAGGUACACAAACCACUGAAAAUUUUAAUAUUGAGCAAGCUGAGAAUUUAUGCAUGUCAUACGUAAUUUUAAUGUUACGCAAAGCCUUCUUGGUAAAUAGAUAUGGCAAGUUUUGUUUGUGGAUGUCCUUUUGCUAUUCGCCUGUCGAACUGGUUCGACACUAGCAACACGGCCAGUGACACACUAUGUCUAAAUGGUUCCACAAUAGCGUUGAGAGCCUAAAUGAACAUCUGUUUCAUGUAGAACCAUUGAAGUGAACAAAAAAACAAAAUUCUUAAAUUUAUCUUCAGGGCUAGAAAAUAUUUUGUAUGUGUUUUUUUAUGACGUUAAAAAAGUAACCAGUUAUCCUAGCCUGUUUGAUUGUAAAAACUGGUACACCCAUUUCGAAACGCUUUAGUAUGUAUACUGAGAGAAAAAAGUUACGGAUCUUGAAUAUUUUGGUGGAUAUUUUUUUAAAUAGCAUGCUCUGUCUUCACUAAAAUAUCCGUCAAAAUAAUCAUGAUCACUGCCUCUUGUUAUUCAGUAUAUUUUUGUGAUAAGUAAAUCUGACUUGACAGCAGUUUUGUUUUUCACAUUUUGCACGUGCAUCUUGGCAUAUCUGUCGAUCAAUAACAGUGUGACGGAAGAAAGGCUGUUGAUCGAGCCUGGAUGUAAUGUAUUUGUAUGCUGAAUCCACCUCAAACAAUAUUUUUUGUAAAUAACUGAGAAUCGUAACCACACUGUCAACUGUGAUCUUCCUCUGGUGUGUCAUAAUGGAAUAUGUCGGACAUAGUUACACGACCAGCAUUGUUAGGGUGUGUGACAUUGUCUCCUUCAGGAUAAGAGUUUAAAAAAAGAAACAUGCUGUCCUUGACCUUAGUAAGUUGUUAUGUGAAGUAUUCUCAAAGGACCAGAUUUGGGGUAGAAGGUGCUGUGUUGAAAACAUUUGUCAGGGUAAGGCUUUUAGUACAGAUGUAAGGACAUUUGUGUUUGGAGUGAGAUGAUGGCGUUAUGAGAUUCAUCUGUCGUCACAGACUAAAGUGUCUGUUGCCGGUCAUACUGUGAGAGCUGAAAGAUUGUAAUACAAGUUUCAGCAGAUGCGGAACCUUUCAAAAAGAGGCUCACAAAAACGAAUCAAAUUGUUUUGAAGUAAGUUUUGUAAUUUUCUCUUUUAAGACAAAAUGCUUGUUCUUGAAUGAAACUGUUUUUUGCUGACUUUUCAAAAUCGCCAAAAAUGAUUCCUGGAAAAAACUACAGCAUUCGUAGCGCUAUCAUUGCUUUGUCAAACUAGUGCGAGGGCACGGGUAGCCUGGUCGUCUAAGGCGCCGUAAUUCGCUGUGCAGAGUUGCGUCCCUUGGGCACGCCAGAAACCUAUGAUUGUGGGUUUGAAUCCUGGUUCACCCCAAUUAUGUUUCUAGGUUUGUCAGCACCAUACCCGUGCU